AUUGUUUCAAGUACAGUUAGAGAAACUGGACACAAAAGUUUUAGAAAUUUUCUUCGCACAUAUAUAUUGAAACGUUGCAGAAUACAUAUUUUAUCUAAUUAUUGAUAGAUUUUCCAUACAAAAUUCUUUCUAACAGGUAAGAUAUUCUAUUCCUCAUUCUCUAAGUCGCGUUUACGAAAAGAAAUAACAUCUCUUUGCUUAUUAUAUUCUCCUGGUAUUUUUUUUACUUUCAUGAAUUUAAAUUUUCACAUUGAAUAAAUCAACACAUUUUAAAAAUAUUAUAUAUAUGUAUUUCUGAUAAUUUCACAAAACACCUUCGAUAUUUUAGGCGACUCUUUUGAGGCAACCUUAAGACGUCAUAUUAUUCUCUGGUGUGAUUAUUUUUUAUAUCCAUAAUUACAUAAUUACAUAAUUUAAUAUACAAAAUUAUAAAUAAGACGUAAAGUUACAGAUGAAGUUAUGAGUUAUAAUUCCAGAUCGCUUACGACGAACUUACGCACGCAGCCCGGACGAGAGACUCAAGGGAACCGUCUUCCUCGUCGUCGUUCUCGCUCUCCAUUGUUUUGAAAUCUAGCGCGCGGUCCGCGUUCCGCCGUUUCGCCACGCGUGCACAGCGGAUCGUGCGGGCUGCGGGCUGCGGGCGCUCUCGUGAGCGGCAGCGUAGCGCAUGCGCUCAGUACCGCGUUUACGAUGGUCGAUCGCAACGAGGUAGCGAUGUCGCGUGUGCCAAUUUUGGUGAUCCUAGGUGCCACCGGGUCCGGAAAAUCGCGGCUGAGCAUCGAGCUGGCGCGCCGUUUCAGCGGGGAGAUCAUCUCGGCCGACAGCAUGCAGGUGUACAAAAGCCUGGACAUCGUUACCGCGAAGGUGACCCCGGCGGAAAGAAAGGCGGCGCCGCAUCACAUGCUGGACAUCGUGGAUCCGCUGACCAACUUCUCCGUAAUCGACUUCAGGGACAUGGCCCUGCCGAUCAUAGACAACCUGCUGGCCAGAAGGAAACUGCCGAUCGUCGUCGGUGGUACGAACUAUUACAUAGAAUCACUGCUAUGGGAGAUCCUUAUAACUGAUCCGAAAGAACCGUCGGUCCAAGACGAUUCAAGCGCGACCAAUCCGAGCGCGUCGAUCGAGAACAGAUCGGACGAUCGAUAUAAUGUGCAAGUUGAUCGGCUGAAUGACGGCGACGAUGACGAUGAUGAGACGGCGCCGAAGAGGUUGAAAUUCGACGCGAGAAUCUACGACGGCAGCAACGAGGAGCUUCACCGAAGACUGAUGGAGGUCGAUCCGGAGAUGGCGUGCAAAUUGCAUCCCAACAACAGGCGGAAAGUCAUAAGAUCUUUGGAGAUUUUUCAUCAGCAUGGAAAAACCCAUUCCGAGCUUCUGAAAGCCCAACGCAACGCCGGUGGCUGCGGAUUAGGGGGACCUCUGAGAUAUCCAAAUUCCAUUAUCUUGUGGCUGCGCUGCAAUAAGAAGGUCCUCGACAAAAGACUGAACGACAGGGUCGACGGCAUGAUGGAGGCCGGUUUGGUGCAGGAACUACUUGACUUUCAUCGCGGAUACAACGAACAACGGAUUAAGUCCAACACGUCACCCGAUUACACGAAAGGCAUCUUCCAGAGCAUUGGUUUCAAGGAGUUUCACGCUUACCUUAUACUAUCCGAGGAGGAACGCGCGAGCGAGAAGGGGAAAAAAUUACUGCAACAAGGAAUCGAUGAUUUAAAACUCGUCACUAGGAGAUACGCAAAGAGGCAAGAUAAAUGGGUGAUGAACAGACUGAUUCGGCGUGGUGAUCGACAGGUAUGUGAGAGAGUAUUUAUCGAAGAGCAUCAAUGGCAGGCUCACUUGAAAGGCGCAAAACACAUGAAAGUCUUGAAAAAGAAGAAAAAAAUAACCGAAGAUGCGCAAUCCCAAGAAAGUCAACUGAUUAGCUCGUGACAAAUAUCAGUUUCAUCAGUAUUCGUUGUGACAUUGCACGAACAUUCGUUCUUGCGUUUAUAUUAAGCCAUUGAAACUGUGAUUAUCUACAUUGUAUUUUACUAAUAAUUAUCAUGUAAAUAAUUUUUAACAAAUAAAGUUGUUUUUUCUAA